UGCAAACAUUGGUGGGAGCACGCAGUAGAAAAAGUGAAAUUUUUACCUAGAACAAUCCAUUAAAUCACGGUUAAUUAACAUUCACAUUAAACGAUGGCCGACGUGCUCGAUAUUUACAACCAUGAGGAGUUCGAAGUGGACGAAGACGGCGAUCAGGGCAUCGCCCGGCUCAAGGAAAAGGCACGUAAACGAAAGGGACGCGGAUUCGGCAACGAAAGCAUCCCCCGUGAGGCAAUCGACUACGAACGGCUACAGGACGACGAGGAGGAAGCCGAACCCGGUCCGCAGCGUUCCGUCGAGGGGUGGAUUUUGUUCGUGACAGCGAUCCACGAGGAAGCCCAGGAAGAUGACAUACAGGAAAAGUUUUGCGAGUUUGGUGACAUCAAGAACAUCCAUCUGAAUCUCGAUCGUCGUACGGGAUUCCUGAAGGGGUAUGCUCUGGUCGAAUACGAAACGUACAAGCAAGCAUUGGCCGCAAAAGAGGCACUUAACGCAUCUGAAAUUCUUGGACAAACCAUUGCAGUCGAUUGGUGCUUCGUGAAAGGACCGAAGAAGCUGAAGAAAUCGUCCGGGGAACGUCGACGAAGAUAAGCAACAUCAUUACCUAUUUUUCACAUCUUAAUUUAAUAACCAAAUUCAGUAAGUGUGUGUUUUCAAGAAAAUUACAAUAAAUUGAGAAUUACAUCUUACAAUGUGGGUUGGCUAA